AUGGUGGUGAAGGCGUGGGUGCGCAAAAUGAGCGAAGCCGGCGGCGGCGACGCCGAAGAGAGCUCCGGGCGGCGCUGGCCGGUGGGCAUCCUGCGCAGGAGCGGCGCUCGCGCGGCGCGACGGGUGCUGCACGUCAAGUACUGCAGCGUGCCGCCCUCGCCCUCUCCUACGCCGCACGUGCUCCCUCUGGACAUUGAUGACACUGUCUCAUGCUUCUGCAGGUCUGUUUUCACGUUAUCUGCACUGCGACUGCACUAG